GCCUCAGGCUGCUGUAGUGUAGUAUUCAUACUCACUCUUAUCAGGUUUAGUGGGCUGAAAGGGAGUUAAACUCGGCCUGCAUGUGGGAGUAGUUAGAUUAGAAGCCGAGCUGAUAGUAGUUAGGUUGUCCUCAUUCUUGUCAAUGCUGUCAGCAGUCAAUAAUAACCUUUUACACACACUUUGAAGACUCGAUGUUUCUGUUUUGCGUGAAAGCGUUAUUGUGUCGUUUGUUUUGCUGAACAGAAUAAGGGUAAUAAAAUGACAUAUAGAGGGCAGCAAUUAUAAAUAGUUGAAAUAAUAGUUAAUUUAUUUACGCUUCGAUUUGCCCUUUAUAAUGAGUUCAUGCUUUGCUGAAUUUGAUUUAGACUAUGUUAUAAUUCGCAAUAAGUUUGGUUUUUAUAAUUACAAGAUACCUUCUUUUUUUUCCGAUGGGGCGUUGAGCUUCUUCCAUUCUCCUCUUAUUUAUCUAUUUAGCGCCCCCGUGCGUCCGGCCUCAAAAGUGCAGCUUUGCUCAAACUUACAGGAAAGGGGUUGAGAGCGAAUACUGAAUUUUAGCUACCGAUACGGGACAGUUCGCGAUCACCGCAAAUAAACUGUUACUCGUGCUGCUCACACGAUACAUCUUUCAAAACACUACUUAUCUCCAACCUCUCCUUUAAGGAUACGUCACGGUUAAUAUUUGAAUGACUUCCGCUCUGGAUCUUGUGAGAGUGUGUCAUGAUACAAACCAUCAGCGCGAUCAUCGUUACAUUGAUCGCGGUCUAUACCUAUUGUACCUUUCUGUACGAGCCGGGAGUAGCCCUCAGGAUGUCCUCAACCCGGUACCGCAACGUUGUGUGGGAGUCUCCAGAGUUGGUAGCCUACCUGCACCCGCGGCCCUGGACCCCCGGCUCUGUUAUCCUGGAGCAGAGGGCCACUGGGAGCGGCAAGGCCAGCAUCUUCCAGCUAGGGGAGACCGAGUACCUGUCCAUGCUGCUGGGGGCCCGGGCAGUAGGGGCCCUGCUCUGUGACAGACUUGGGGUACGCAGGUGUGCGUUGGUCACCAGGCCACAGACCAACACACAAGCACAGAUUCGUAUCCUUCCACUGCACGGCCUUGAUGCUGAGUGGCGCCCCCAUCUGGCCGCGAAGGAGGAGUACUGCCCCUUUGACCCUGGCUUCUGCACCUCCAAGAGUGGCCCCCGCUGGAGUGACGCCCAUCUGGCUGACAUCCAAGAAAAGGUCCGGACUGGGCUGCCCUCUCCAGAUGCCCCCGCAGACCUCACCUUCCUGGGUGAGGACCCUGGCCACCCAGGACUGUUUUCCCGCAUUGUGCGUGGCGAGGAGCCCCAGUGGCGUGUGUGGGAGGACCGUGGCCACGUGGCCUUCCUCACCCCCUUCCCCAACGCCCCCGGGCUCACCGUGGUCGUUCCGCGGCGGCCGCUGACCUCCGACAUCUUCCGGUUGGAAAGGGGGGAUUACGAGGCUCUGGUGUUGGCAACCCGGCAGGUAGCCGUGCUUGUAGGGGAGGGGCUUGAAGCCAAGGGCGUGGGGCUUAUCUUUGAGGGCUUCGAGAUCGACUACGCUCACGCCAAGCUGAUUCCGCUGCUGCCGUCUCUGUCGGCAUUUGGGGAGGGCGAUACCCCGUCGGAGCCGCGCCCGGCCCAGUUCCAUUCCACGUACCCCGGGUUCGUGACCUCGGAGGACGGGCCCGAGGCGAGCCUGGAGAGUUUGAAGGAGAUCCACAACCAAAUCACUCAACUUUAACCUCAGCCCCCUCAACAGCUAGAGAACUAUUGUGUGCACAUGCUCUAUGGUGCCGGACUAUAGAAUUGCUGGGAAAGGAUGGUUGCUGGGAUCCGGCGGUUCGUGCUGUGAAUACCUUUUGAUUAUGAUUGUGACCAAUGCAUUUAAAACCAGGGAGGAAAAAGAUGAUACACAUCUUGAUUCUGAGGAGCUUGUGUACCAAUUGUCAAAAACAUGUACGCCUUGUAUCUGCUACAUACAUGUGAUAGAUUAUAUUAUACAAUAUGCAUAUUGUUCUAAUUUUGACAGAAUAAUUUUGUACUGUUCUAAUAAUACUUAUUUUGUAUCAGACAAUGUAUUUCAAUUUUCUUCUAGAUAUCCAAUGUAAAAUUUAAUUUCAUUGUAUUUCAUUGCUAUAUGUGCCAUUAAAUGUAAGUAAGCAAAACGUUAUUUUUAUACUACAUUGACGAAAUAGCAAAUGAAUUGUAUUUAUAUUUACUACACUUCUAUAUAUAGUUGCAUAAAAACUAUUCUGAAUUACAACAAACAAUAUAAGUCUGUAACCAUCGAUCAUUUCGGUAUUCUAGGGUUCAUGAUUUUAGUUGCAUUUGUGCAUUGGCUAAGGGUUGGCUAAUUUCUGAAUUUUAAACUAAUUCAAAUCAAAUUUUAUUUAUACAAUUUUCUUGAAAAAUGGCAAUGAUACAAAAAACUCCACAACCAUAACCAUACAUUAAUAAGGGAAGAAAACACAAGAACCAAAAAUGCGUUAGAUUAGAAUCAAAGAGACACAAUUGGUGGUAGAUUUAGAGCAAUGUACCCAUUUCGUUUUUUUGCCAAGCUAGUGUAAUAUUCGCUCUAUCAUAUGCGUCCAGCUCCCCUUCCGUUCAGACAAAUUUCCACAAGAUCUGGUCCGGGUCAGGCCAAUCACCGCCAUUAUCUUAUAUGGGGCGGGCUUGAUACAAUAACUUUAGAGAGGAGUGCCCUAUGGGAUUGCAGUUGAGGCACAUAAACAACUAAGAUGUCGAAUCUUGUGGCCCUAAUGUGCCACAAGAUUUGUUGCUCGGAUCGGUUGGUAGGUCAAUCCAAUUCCGUAAAUAGGCCUUUUCGUCUGCGCCCCUUAAUAACUUUUAAUAACUGAGGUUCCAGACUUCUGAGAAAGAUAAGACAGCUGAACUAAAAAAGUAUGUUUUAAGAUAUGAUGAUGCUGUUUAUAAAGAUAUUGAAGGCUUAUGCUUACAGCUUACAGCUUAUGCUUUAUAAUUUUAUUAAUUGCACUUGAGCAAAAGUUCCCUACUGGGGGUUAAUAAAGAACAUCACUUUUGUGAUCUCAUUAUUUUAUAGAAGGUGCAAUGUCCUAUUAUUACCCUGCUACUAAUUGGCCCUUUAACCAUAACCGUUAAUUAGCAUGAGUAAUUAUUGGCUAAGCUGUUCAUUACCAUCGUUCAAACAAGCUAUAGCCUGGGGCUAAACCUCUUUCAAAGUUUCAGCCUCAGGCAUUUAUGAGACUGAUACAAAACGCAACAGAACUCUUGGGGGAGGAGUUAGGAGGAGGGGUUUGGCACCAUAGCUUCAUCUUCAAUGGGAGACAGAAUGAACAUGUUCAAAUGGCAGAAUGAACAUGUUCAUUCUGAAGAGGAGAGGGAAGAGGAUGCCCUGUGGACACCAAAGAGGUCCUCCCUUUGGUGCA